GAGGAGUUCGUUAAAGUAUAGCACCUUGACUUUUACGAUGGCAGAUAUGUGGACUGACAAUGACGUUGGGGUCCCGGCGGUAUUUGGACAAGAGUUGGAAGACGCUCCCAUGUGGACUGAGCCCAAAAGGACGAAACCCAAUGUGGUCCCGGCCGUACUUGGACAAGGUCUGAAAGUGUGGCUGAUUGGAGACAGCUACAUCCGACGUGGGGAAGAGAGAGCCAGACACACCACAGGGAGGAACCUGGGACUGGACGGCAGUGUGUGGUGGUUUGGCUGGGGUGGUCUGAGAUGGAGGAACCUUCUUCCCUUUUUUCAUCAGUCUUUGAGAGGAAGAACAGUCCCGGAUGUCCUGCUGAUUCACUGUGGCGGCAACGACCUUGGCAACAUCAAAGGUGUGGAGCUUGUCACAGUGAUGAAGCAGGACCUGCUGCACCUCCAUUGCAUUUUUCCUGAGAUGAAGAUCAUUCUCUCUUCCAUCAAUGAAAGAUGUCACUGGAGGAAAGCAGAUCCGGGAAAGAUCAACAAGACCAGAAUGUGGGUGAACAGAGAGAUGGGCAAAUUUGUCAGGGAAUUGGGUGGAGACAGUGUAAGGCAUCCUUGCAUAAAGUUUGACUGUCCUGGGAUAUUUAUAAGAGACGGAGUUCAUUUCACAAAUUUGGGAAAUGAUUUUUUUUUAAAUAGCAUCGUGCAGUCCCUUGAGGCUACAAUCCAUACUAGAUUGUAGCCUCAACAGGAUUGUAAAUAUCCAGGGCAGCCCUCUUUGUGUAAGGAUUUGUC